AUGUCAGCAGAGGCCGAGCUCCAGCCGGGUGUCAAAACCAGCCAGAGAAAGGAGUCCAGGAGGAUCAAAGGUCAGGACCGCAGCGAGGCGGGGCUUAUUAAGCGUUUCCGCGGAGAUGGCGUGCGCUACAAGGCCAAGCUGAUCGGGAUUGAUGAGGUGACAGCAGCGCGUGGGGACAAGCUGUGCCAGGACUCCAUGAUGAAGCUGAAGGGAAUGGCUUCCUCGGCACGUUCCAAAGGGGAGCACAAGCAGCGAGUCUUCUUGACGGUCUCGUUCGGCGGGAUCAAGAUUUACUGUGAAAGAUCAGGGGUGCUCCUUCAUCACCACUCGGUCCACGAGAUCAGCUACAUCGCCAAGGACACCAGGGACCACCGGGCCUUCGGCUAUGUCUGCGGGAAGGAGGGCCACCACAGGUUUGUGGCCAUCAAGACCGCACAGUCUGCGGAGCCUCUCAUCAUUGACCUGCGCGACCUCUUCACUCUCAUCUACGACAUUAAACAGCGGGAGGAGAUGGAGAAGAAGGCCCAGAAGGACAAGCAGUGCGAGCAGGCGGUCUACCAGACCAUCCUGGAGGACGAAGUGGACGACCCAGUUUACCAGUACAUAGUGUUUGAGGCUGGACACGAACCCCUCCGUGGCCCCCAGUCAGAGGAGAGCGUUUAUCAGGUCCCAACCAGUCAGCAGAAGGAAGGGAUCUAUGAUGUCCCAAAACGCCAUUUCAUGACUAACAUCAACCACUUUGAUCUUUUCGGCGACAUGUCCACUCCUCCCUCGAUGCCCCCAUCACCUGCCAACACGCUGGACCCGAGCAGGAGCAGCCGCCAGCAGCAGCAUACUCCUGCUGAGCUGUACGCCCCCUUCAGCCCCACCUCUGUGCCGUCAGGUUAUAUGACUAUGGGCCCGGUGCAGGCGGCUCAGUGGGCCCAGCAGCCGUUCCCUGCCCAGGCUCAGACUCUGGCCUUCCCCGUGCAGGGUCCCCUCCAGGUGGCUCAGGUCCUCCCUGGUGGGCAGCCUGUCAUCUGGAGCCAGGCCAACAUCUUCCCUGCCACUCAGCAGCAGUGGGCAGCGAUGGCGGCGUACAUGCCAGCCCAGACGGUGGGCGUCGGGGGCCACGCCAUCCCAGCUGCCAUGCUCCAAGGCCUGGUACCCAUCACGACCAUGUGCCCCCAAGCCUGCGACAUGUCGGCCCCCUCCUCGGCCAUCACCAGCCCCCAGCACACGGCCGACUCCACCCUGCUCCAGAGGCAGCUUAGCCUGGGGAAAGAAGGCCUGGACUCGGACGCAGGCGAGGGCCCGUCCACGUCGGGAGCAGCAGGUGCGGGGCCCGGUGCUGUGUCGGCGGCGGUGAGCAGGUGUGGAACCCCGGGCCUCAUGAACGUACCGGACACUCUGGCCUGCAGUCAGCUGCUGCCACCUCCAGCUGCUGCGACCCAGGAAGAAGAGGGGAGCUGUAGCGACCUGGAUCUCUCUCGGAUGACGUUGAGCCCGGGCACGUCCACGUCACCGUCCACUGAAUCUCCGUCCACUCCGGCCCCUCAGCAGAGCUCGUCUUCAGACUGCCCCCCCUCCCAGGCCAGUGACCCCCCUACAGAUCACUCGCCUGUCGACCCGGAGGGCAACGCCAGCAAGGAGGAACAAUCGGGUGCCGCCGCCGCUGCAAGGUCGGCGUCUCCGGUGCCCGACGGAGACCCUGAUCCUCCGCAGGAUCAAACCUGUCCACAGGAAGACAGCUAG